CGUAUGACGUCAUACCUCGCGAUAUUUAUUCCACUCAGCUGGACUGGACAGAUCAAGUCGAAUUGGAAUUCAGAAGCUGUUCAAAUCAAGAAACCGUAGAACCUAACCCCAAACUGCGAAAUACGAGAAUACGCGCCAGGUUUUUGCAGAGAAAGAAAAAAAGAAUAGAAAAAAAAACACCAAAAACAAUUAUGUGCGUGAAUUGAUUACAAUUAUUAAACAUUGUGAUUAGUUUGUUUCAUUUUGUCUAUCUCUGAUCAUAAUUUAUAAACAUGAUAUCGCUAGUACCAAAUAUUUGGCAGCUGAUAGGUGGUUUCAUAGUUGAAUACAUCGAUAUCGACGUGGACUUCACGCUCUGGCUAUCAUGGCUGCUUAUGCCUUUACUCAUUACGUUUCUACUUCCUUUAGUCAUUGUCGUACUCCUUUACGCCACUGCAUCAAUUCUUUAUGUCUACAAAUUACAUAGAGCUCGAUUAAGACAUGCGUACGAAACUGAUUGGAAAAAUGCAGCACGAAAUACAGUAGCCGCGGUUUGGGAUGCUCAUGGAUGGAUAUGGCAUGGUUACGAGAUUGUUGGACUGAGUAACAUUCCAGAAAACGAGCCAGUAUUGUUCGUUUAUUACCAUGGAGCUAUUCCGAUAGACCUUUACUAUUUCAUAUCCAAAGUAUUCCUUUACAAUUCCAAACUAAUCCACACAGUUGGCGAUCGUUUCUUAUUCAAAGUUCCUGGUUGGUCCAUCAUAUCCGAUGUCUUGAAAGUUAUUCCCGGUACAAUACAGACAUGCUCAUCUAUUUUGAAAGAGGGAAACAUGCUAGCUAUCUCACCCGGAGGUGUUUACGAGGCACAAUUUGGGGACUCUUAUUACCGCCUUAUGUGGAAAAAGCGAUUAGGUUUUGCUAAGGUAGCACUGGAUGCAAAAGUGAACAUAAUUCCUAUCUUCACAAGGAAUUUAAGAGAAGCAUUCCGGACAGUGAGUUGGGGUAGAAGAAUAUGGCUUCGGAUUUAUGCAGCAACCAGAUUUCCGUUUGUGCCAAUAUUUGGUGGCUUUCCAGUGAAACUUGUUACUUUUGUCGGCGAACCAAUUUCAUAUGACGGUUCCCUGUCAGCUGAAGAGCUCCAGGUAAAGGUAGCAACAGCGUUAGAAGAUUUAAUAAAGAAGCAUCAAAAAUUGCCUGGAAGUAUAACAAGGGCUCUCCUGGAGAGAGUUUAUCACAGGUCUAGUGAUGUACGGUAUAAGGAAUAGCCUGUUAGAUAGAUUAGAGGCCAAGUGAAUGGAAUUCAGUCUAAAAACUGUAUGAUAUAUUACAAUAAUAUUGAAGAUAAUUGUAUGAUCAAAUCAUAUUUUCAAGACAAGUUGACACACCG